AAGAAAAGAAAUUAAAGACGGAGACGUUUGGCACUUGGGGAGACUUGGUUGCUUCAUCUUCGUUGACCACAAGUUCUCAUCGCCGGCUUUCUUCUAGCAAUCGUGAUGCCGAUCAUCAAAGUCCGUUCCUCCUCUGCUGCUGGAUUGACGGAGGGAAAGAUGGCUUACGAUGACGUUGUUUAUCUGUUGGUGGAGGAGGUGGACGAGUUAACUACUAUCCUAGGCAAAAUACUGAAUAUCAAGGUAUUGCAAGCCAAGUUAUUUAUAGAAAAAGUUGUUGAGGUCAUCAGAGUAUUGGAAAUGGAAGGACCCCCAACUUUGCCGGACCAAUUAGUAGAAGAUAUUGCACCUCUUGCAUUGCCUGUAGGAGAUUUUGCUCGGAGAACUAAGCUACUAAUUACUUCACCGCUAUAUGAUGAGUAUAGAAUGAAUAUUCGUCGCGGCUGGGAACGAAUGCUAUCAAGAGAAGUGCCAGAAUUAGUAGAACAGAUUGGUUUAAAUGAGAAUAAGCUGGAGAAAUUUCUUGAUGAAUCUGACUUCUACAGCUCCUGGGAAGAUUUACGCCACAAUUCAGCCUUCCUACCUUGUCGUGACGCGGUGAUGGAUCUGCUUCAGUCUUGUCGAGAACUCAAAGACGCCAUGAACUUUUUCAGUGAAGUGGGGACUGAAUCAGCUUUUCUCUGCCAACAUCUAAAGUUCUUGCUGUGCUUUGCUGAGCUGUGCGGGCGUUCCAAUGAAUGGCGUUGCCGCCAAUUUGUGAACGGCAUCAUGGAUGUUGCUAACAAAGCUCUUGAUGCGCUGGAAUGUGCAGAUAUAGAUAGUCUUAGGUCAGAGAUGCGGGAAUUUAAAUCGAAUGUAUAUGCUUCAGCCGAGCUUGUAAAGGAAAAUUGUGUCGAGAAGACGGCCAAGGAAUUUUUUGAUGGGAAAAAUGGAAAGCGAUUGGUUUUGUUGGAGACUUUAGAAAGGCUUCAUUCCUUCACGGAAGAGAUUGAUACUACUUGUGGGAAACUUGGCAGCGAAGAUCGUCAAUCGCAUAACGCUUCAUUUGGAAGAAAUGGUUUUCCUUCACUGUCUGUGAUUCGUGAGAAGUUUGCUAGAGGAGAUCUUCCUUCACUGCCGAUCACGUAUUAUCUACGUGCUUUUCCUUUAAUUGAACGAAGAAAAAGAGGGAGAGUUAGUGUUAGGUCUGGUAUCAGGCGACCUAACAAACAGGUUCAUUAUCUGCGUGCUUCUGGAGGAAAAAGAAGAAGAGCGUCUAAUAUCAUACUAGAGCGGCAAAUGAAUCGAAUUGAAUCGCGUUUUGAUCUAAUCGAGCCGAGUCUCGGUCUAGUUUUAUCAAAUUCGAACUCGAAUUCGAACUCGACAAGCUGCCAAUCUGAAUAUCAAGUUCAAGGUCAAACUCUAGCUCUAAUUCGAGCUCGUGCGCUCGAGCUCGAGCGAGAGCAAGAGCGUGAGCGAGAGCUCGUGCAGCUUGAGCUGGAGCUGGCAAUCGAGCUCGUGCAGCUCGACCACGAGCGCGAGCGCCAGCUCCAGCUCGAGCUCGAGCUACAGCUUGUGCUCGAGCUCAAGCUCGAGCGCCAGCGCGAGCUCAUGCUCAAGCUCGAGUGCCAGCGCCAGCUUGUGCUCAAGCUCAAGCUCGAGCGCCAACGCGAGCUCAUGUUGCUCGAGCGCCGGCUCGAGCUUGUGCUGCUAGAGCGCCGGUGCCAGCUCAAGCUCGAGUUCGAGCUCGUUCGCCAACGCGAGCUCGUGCUCAAGCUCGAGCACGAGCUCGAGCUCGAGUUCGAGAGCGAGCGCAACUCGAGCUAG